AUGGCAGGCUCCUGGGUGAAGGUGUGGGCUGUGUCUCUAAGCUCUGUGCUGCUGCUGUGUGUGCUACAUUCUGAGGCCCAGCAGGACUACUCUGGUCAGCACUCAGGUGAUGAGCAUACAUAUGAAGGCUCCUUAGUAGAUGGACAUGAUCAACAGUCUGGAUACCCGAAGCCAGUGGACUAUUCUCCAGAGCCCACUCACAUCUAUGAAGAUGAACAGACCGCAUCUGCAUAUGACCCUUAUGGCCCUGCUCCCACAGUGGUCACCAUGAUCACAGAGGAGUCCUACCCUUACGCCACCACCUCAGAGACAUACGACUAUGCCAAAGAAGUAACCACCCUGACCACUGAGGUCCCUUAUGGCGAGGCUUCUCUGGGAGAGGAGGAGGGACCCACUGAGUGUGACUGUGAGCCAGGCGAACCUGGGUUUGCUGGCUUUGCUGGUCCUAAGGGAUCCAGAGGACUGCAGGGAAAACAAGGAUUUCCAGGGGCCCAAGGAAGGGAGGGUUACAAAGGAACCAAAGGUGUUCGAGGACAGGGAGGAGACGCAGGCCCUGUGGGUGACCCAGGGCCUGAUGGAGAGGACGGUGGAUCUGGUUUCUCUGGCACAAUGGGCUUGCCAGGGCUACCUGGAGACCCAGGUGAGAGAGGAGAGCUUGGAUUGAAGGGUGAAGUUGGUAUGACGGGCCCUCGUGGAGGAGUUGGACUUCUAGGACAGACGGGCUCAGUUGGUCCAAUUGGCCCUCCAGGAACUGCAGGACGUAAAGGCAUCAAGGGAUCCCUUGGGAAACCUGGGAAACAAGGGCCUGCAGGACGACAGGGAGCAAAGGGUCAGACUGGAGCACCUGGCUUCUCUGGAGACAUCGGGGAACCAGGCUACAUUGGUUAUCCUGGAAUACCUGGAGACAGAGGAGUGCCCGGCCCAAAGGGUGAGAAAGGUCUUAGCGGCUUGCCAGGAAGUGAUGGUGAGCCUGGCGAAGAUGGGCCUCUAGGAGUUCCAGGAGUUGUUGGAUCACCUGGGCCAUUUGGACCAAAGGGCUUGAAAGGGGAUCGUGGGGAGAGCGGACGUCCUGGGAGAGUAGGCGCCAGGGGCCCACUAGGGGACAGAGGAGAUGCUGGAAUUCCAGGAAAGCCAGGCCCAAAAGGCCUGCAAGGCCAGCCUGGUGCCAAAGGAGAAACUGGACCAGAUGGCAUUAAGGGAGAAACAGGAAGAAAAGGUUCUAAAGGGGUUAAAGGAGAAAAGGGAAGUUCAGGCUCUCGCGGUGACAAAGGCCAGCAAGGAGAGAAAGGCUAUCUCGGGUCUGUUGGGCCGGUCGGUCGUGUGGGACCCCCUGGUAUUCCAGGCCCCAGAGGUGACCUUGGUCCUAUUGGAGACCAGGGAGUGAAAGGACAGAGUGGACCAAAGGGAGAGCCAGGUCAACCUGGUCCUGGGCUGACCGAUGAGCAGGUUCUGCAACUGUGCCGAGGUGUGGUAACUGCACAGAUCUCACAGUAUGCUGCCUCUAUUCGGGCUAAGUGUACACAGGGCUGUCCUGUCAACAACCGCACCCUAAUUGGGCCUCCAGGGAUGCAAGGACCCCCUGGAUCUCCAGGCAAACCUGGUAAAGCUGGCAAAGCUGGAGCUAAAGGAGCUAGAGGACCUCAGGGCGUGAGAGGUGUACAGGGACAGAAAGGAGCAGAGGGAGACAGAGGUGUAAAAGGUCAGAAAGGACAGCAGGGCAACACUGGCCAAGGACUUCCUGGGCCCGAUGGUCACCAAGGUCUCAGAGGCUUACCUGGCCAUCCAGCAGAGCCUAGAAAUGGACUUGAGGGACCUCCAGGCCCUCGUGGGUUCCCAGGUCGUGUGGGUCAGCCGGGUAUGGCUGGGGAUGCAGGCGUACCAGGUGUUUGUGAGGCACGGGACUGUAGCAUUCAUGCACCUGUUGUACAAAAGGAGCAGGGCCUGGUAAAGGGCCCUCUCAGUCCCAAAAUCUGACCACAGAGAAGCUGAGACUGUUACAGCGGUCUGCUCAGUGAGAAUCAUUGGUAACAACACAGCUCAAGUGUACUCUUCAGGAAGACAUCACAGAAUGAGAAGAAAUACCUGAGCCAAGCCUUCCUGAGAACUUUAUCAGCAGUCUCAGUCCAAUUUUCUAAGCAUUCUCCAAAGAAAACACAAAGGCACAUGACUGAAAGUAACUACAGCUAAAAUAAUAAGUGUCCAAACAUGAAAGAUUAAAACCGUCUUGUGUCUUAUCAGGUGAUGGGGGUGAUGUCUAACUUUUUUCAGUACCAGUAAUGCU